AAGACAGUAAGCCCUAAAACUGGUUGAAAUGAGGACCUACCUUAAACCCUAAAAACCUCUGAAACUGCAAACUAUUCCAAACUCUCCUUUCAUGGCGCGCCCAAUCCGAUCCCUGCGAAAAUCCUUUCCUUUUUCUUCAUCUUCCAAAAUUCUAAUUCAGUAAACACCCACUUUGCAUUUGGCACAUGAAAAACAAGUCUCUCUCAUAAGCCCUUCGCUCCAACCACCGCAAUGCCGACGAACUUACAUCUCCGAAAUGCGCAAAUCGGCCUUCGAAGGCAACAUUCUCAGACUCCUCCGCAAUGAAAUCCAGUACAAGCUCGAUCACUCUCCUGCCACUCAGCAAGUUACAAAAUUCAAGUUGUUUACAGUUGACAACCAGCCUGGUGAGCAAUGGAUAAGCUUGAAGAGAAACUUUGGAGAGAAAGAGGACAUUAAGAUUGAAGCCACCAUGUUUGAUGGAUCUGUUACUGCUCCAAAUUCCAAAGGUGUUGCUGGCCUUGGAAAAGAUGUGCAGCUUCACAUUACAAUUUGUGUUAAUAUCUUCAAGAAGGAAGGCGGCAAUGUGUUGGAGAUCAUGUGUUCAGCUUGGCCAGAUAGUAUAGAGAUCAACAAGCUUUCCAUCCGAAAACCUGAGAAGGUGCCAGCUCAGCCUUAUGUGGGUCCUGAGUUCAAGGAACUUGAUGAUGAGUUGCAAGACUCACUUUAUGAAUUCUUGGAAGCGAGGAGUAUGAACAAUGAUUUUGCUAUUUUCUUGCACGAAUACAUGAAGAACAAAGAUAAAACUGAGUUCAUUAGAUGGAUGAGAACCGUGAAAUCAUUUAUUGAAAAGAAAGUAGAGUGAUUGAUUGUGCAACAUUUUGAAUGACCUUAAUUUAUCAAUCCUAUUUGCGUUGAGUAAUGAAAUUUCAACCUGGUUGCAAUAUUGGCUUUGCACAUGAUAUUAGGUCAUCCAAAAAAGUAGAAGAGCCUUCUAGUGGUGGUAUAUGCCAGCUGUUUAGGUUCUAAAAUUUGUUAAAACUGUCUUUCCUCAAUUAAUUCCAAGAUCCAUGCCUUAACAUCUAAAGCUCUACUUGUCAGUCUCUGUUGUGAGGUUCUUCACCAUGGUUUCUGAGUCCUACCAUGUUUUAGGUAGAUCUACUUAGGUUCAGUAAAACAUAAAGUCAUAAAGUUGGGAUCAAGCUAUUUUUAUAACUUUGGGGAGGUUAUUACUUAAUAGAGGUGUAGUUAAAAAAUAUUAUUUAUUGACUUAUUUGUUCUUAAUGAAUGUUGUGUUUACUAAAUAGGAUUCUUGAGGAUGACUAUGGAUACCAAAGUUUCGAAGCUGUAAACAUGAUUGAGAAGUUAGAAACAUUUUAGCUUCAACAAGAAGGUUCCAUCUUGACGAAAUAUUACGUACCCGCAAGCUCAAAGACGUGAUAUCAACUAAAAAAACUUAAAAAGCACUGUCCCAAACAACUUUAGAGAAAUAUUUUAGUUCUAUCUUAAACUUUUAUUUGUGAUAUUACAUAUAAUUUGUACUCAUUGACAGUUAUUAUUAUGUGGACGUGUGUUUUCUUAAGUUGGGACCUAGAAAAGUUAUAACUUAUUACAAUGUGGAGUUUAUUCCUAUACGUAACUAGUCCCAAGCUAGGACUAGAAUUUUUUUUAUGAGUUUAAGGAGGUUAUUUCUUUAUAGAAUAUUACUUUAGGGAGGUUAUACUGUAGUAGAUUUUCGUUAUGUGACCUUCCAGCAAUUUUCGAAUCCCUUGGAAGAUUUGUGAUAUUUCGAUAGUUUCUGUCAGCUAGACAGCUGCUUGCAGCAUUGUGACACUACUUGCUGCUGAUUAUGCAUUGAAACUAACAGGAUAAAGUAUACACAUACCAUAUGGCUAAGAAUUAUGCUGGUUCUUUGAUGAUGAGAUUUCUGGAGCAAAAGAACCAUCUUUAUUAGUUAGAAUUUAGUAGCAAAAAGUGUAUUGUGCUCGUACCAUGACAGAUUUUGCUAUUUCUUUGAUUGAAAUAUAAUUUCUUUAAAUUAAGCGGAAAGUUUGCAUUUACUCUCAUGUUACUUUCUGUCUGGUUUUGUCAUUAUAUUCAUCCACUCGAUCACUUAACACAUUACAUGACUUUUGCUCUAGCUUCUUUCUUACUAGCUUUUGCCAUCUUUUCUUUUCUUAGACACUAAUUUCAUGUUGCAAAUGUGCUUCUGCUACAUGUAAAAACAAUUAUUCAAUUUUGUUGUAGCUCCAUAAAAUUUGAACAUUCAGUUUGAGAUAAGAUACGAUCUUGGAAAGUGGAAACGAGCUGUUGCACGUCGCAGUCAUAUUCAAGAAUAUUGGUGGCGUGUAGAUGGAUUAUGCUCCUGGAUCAUGCUGCUUGCUGAUGUUGUGGCCAGAAUUCCAUUCUCACAGAACGUCUGCAUCCACUCUUUCCAGUCAUCUCAACAAGUAUCAAUGUAACGUCUGCGUCAUUUCCCUUCUCUUUUUAGUCUUAACCAUAUAUUCUUCUUUUCUGCAUAAUUGAUAUCGGAACUGAAGUUCAUAGAGUAAUGUUUGUUUUUAGAUUCAAAGUAUGAACUGAAUUGCAAUCAAGUUGAAAUUAUGGAUGUCUUCGUACGUUAA